GUCACCAAGGUGACCGGAUGCUUUCACGGAAUUUCGUUAGCACACAAGGAGAAUUAAGUCAUUUAAUGUAGCCUACUCAUGGAUUUAACACAGUACCAGCUGUUCGUUUUGGAUCCCGGAUGUUAUCUUCACGGUCUUUAAGUAAAAAAGCUGUCAAAUAAACGCUCUUUUAAAGUUUCACGACCUUAAAACCUUGCAAAUAUAAAUUAUCUUGUAACUGUCACAAAGUUGUCAAGACCAGCGGAACAAAUGGCAGCUUCGAAAGCAGUCGUUCCCGGGCGAGCAUUAAGGACGUCCAAAAGAACGGACAAAUCAUCCCCAGCGUCCACUCAGAGCUUUAUGGAAAGACUGCCAUCUGAGAUCCUGAUUAAGAUUUUGUCAUACCUGGAUGCUUCUACACUUUGCUGCAUAAACCACAUCAAUAAGAUCUUCUAUCAGCUUGCCAACAGCAAUGCUCUGUGGAGAAAGCUUUACAUUGCGGAUUUCAGCAAGAAUAAAAAGUGUAUGGACAAAUCUCUGUUGAGGAUGGCCACGAUGGAGGUGCAGGAUCGACCCGAAGGUUACUAUAAGAGGCUGUACUUCAAGACUGUAGCCGAAUGUGACAUGAUCAAGUGGACGAGGCGGCUUGGACUCAUCAGUAUUCACACAGGGCUACCCAGCCAAACAGAGUGGGUCCUCAGAAACUUGAACGUCACCUGGGAACUGACAGUCAUGGAUAGGUCAGGGCGUAAGAGCACUUUGGAGCAGAGCCGGUCCCAGUUCACUGAGACUUCAGUGACACUGUGCUGGAGCGGAGGAGACCGCUUGCCCGACUACCAGCAGAUUUCCACCCUUCAGCUGUACGGUGUCAGGAGGCUAGCCUGCGUCAGCCCAAAGAGCCCUGUUUGUAGGUCCCUCAUGGAGAAGUUAGACAUGCAGACUCUAACUAAGAACAUGCAAGUCAUUGGCCAGGACAGAUUGGUGCAGCUUAAGUUGCUACAGCCUGGCAUCAUCAUCGGUGUCUGGAGGGACCAGUGCUCAGUUGCCUUUAUCAUGUUCACCCUCCACUUCCACAAGCUGGUGGAAAGAAGCACUCAGGGAUCUUCUGUUUGUUCUUAUGUGGAGCCGGUGGUCCAACCCCCUUUCUGUGAUAUAGACCCUGAAUACGGUCUCCAUGGUUACCAGCUACACAUUGUUCUCCACAACACUGUAUGCGAGCUCAUGUCCGGAAGCUUUUCCCAGCUCUUCUGCCGCAGAACUCAGAUCUCUGAUGGGCUGAUCCAGCUAACAGUCAUUAGCAGCACAAACCUGUCCCAGCACACAUCUCUGUCUGGUGACAUCACCCUGCCCUGGUGUUGUGAGGCCCUGCAGGGCACAGUGGAGAAUUGCUGCAUUAUGAGUCUGACUCUGCUAGAUGAAUUUAGGAAGCCCUUCAAGUGUGUCACCUCGCCCGUUUCAGCGGAGCUGGAAAGGACGCCUGUGUGCUACGACUAUGACGGUGAGCACUACCUGAUCCACUAUCAGGAUUCUGACAUCCAGGUGAAGAUGAGGCUUGUGAAGAUGAAUGAACAGAAGCAGUUUAUUCUCAUCAGUUUAGUUGUCUAUGUGAGUGUUUGCUAUGUAAACAAGUAUUUCAGUAGAGAUUACUGAUUGUUCUGGAUUUCCCACAGAAAACUGGUUUCAUAUUUGAUAUUUGCUCGCUCCAUAAGACCAAGAUAACAGGUUGUUCAUUCAUUCAGUAAAUGUUGUAGUGCAAUGACUGCUCGUUUUACUAUUAUUUUGCCUUCAAGUGUUUAAUGAAUGAAUUCAGUUUGAAUGGAUCUGAUUUCUUAAAAAAACCUUCUUUACUCUCUACUUAAUUUCUGAGUUAUUUCUUUUCUUUGGAUUCGUUAAGCUUAAUCCUUCCCCUGUUCUUGUCACUUUGCCUUUGACAAAAUAGUAAAGUCCUUGAAAUGUA